GUGUGUAUAUAUAUAUACAUAUAUAUGUAUACUUCGAGUAAAAAAAUUUGCUUUAAAAUUAAAUGGAGAAUGGAUCCGAUAAAUUCUUUGAGGUUAACUCACACAAUAAUUCCGUUGUUAGAUCAUUUAGUCUAAAGGCAUGUUUGGAGAUGGCUACUCCAGCAAGUUCCACUCUUGCAGAAAGGUUAUCGGCUAAUUUUAAUGAUAACGUUGCGUUGGUUUCAGUAUGUAAAAACAUAGCCUUAGAAGUACAAUUAGGAGAAUUAAAAUUAUCCACAUUUGUUGAAGAAUUAGGUUCUUUUGUAACAAAUAAGGAUGUCAGUGUACGAGAAGGAGGAGUCACAGCACUUUCCUCUGUAUUGUCCGAGUUACCCAAUGAUUUUCUUAAUGAAACUGAAUUACAUUUUAUCACAGUGUUCUUUUGUGAUAGAUUGAAAGAUCAUCAUAGUAUUAUACCAGUAGUUCUUCGUGGAAUUUUGGCAAUAGUUCAAAUGAUUCAUCUACCUCAUGAUGCACCAGCUUGUUUAUUCACAAAAAUGUUUGAACAUGUUCAGUGUCAGUCUCAACUUUUACAAGAUCGUCGUAACAUCUAUUUAAUUUUUGCAACAUUACUACAAAGUAGAUUAACUGAUUUGAAAAAAAUGGGACCUGAUUUUGUUUACGGAGUUAUAUCCUCUAUCGAUGGCGAACGUGAUCCUAGAAAUCUUAUGUUAUUGUUUAAUAUACUUCCAAAUUUUAUAAAAGAAUUUCCAUUAGGACAUUUAGCAGAAGAAAUGUUUGAAGUUAUAUCAUGUUACUUUCCAAUAGAUUUUAAUCCUGUUGGAUCAGAUGUGAUUGGUAUAACACGUGAAGAUUUAGCUGAAUCAUUAGCACCUUGUCUCUAUGCAAUUCCCGAAUUUGUAGAAUUUUGUAUACCACUUAUAUCGGACAAAUUAUCUUCUAAUCUUAAAGUUGCAAAAUUGGAUUCAUUGCAUUUAUUAAGGAAAGGAGCCUAUGUAUUUGGUGUAAAUGGAUUGAAGCCAUAUCUUUCAGAACUUUGGCCUAUUAUAAGGAAAGAAAUUAUGUCUGGUGGAGAUUCAGAAAUAAAAGAUACUACCCUUAAGACAUUGGCUGUAUUAAUUGAAGUUAUAUCUGCCGAUGAAAAAGUUCUUGAAACAUUUAUUGAAAAAAUAUUAACAGAUAUUAAAAUGUCUUUAUGUGAUGUACAACUUAGUUUAUUCAGACCGACAGAAAAUUUAUUAGAAUCUGUGGCAAUGGUGAACAAGCAAACUUGUGUAUACGUAUUACGUGUUAUAGUGCCAAUUUGUCUUGGUCAAUAUUCUACUAAAAAUUUAUUAAUGGAUAAAGUCAUCAUAAUGGACGCUUUAAAUAAUUUUAUGAAAAUCGCUUCUGAUUUAGGUUUCUCUAUCAAAGAUGUUCCAGAAUUAACUUGGACAGACAUUCCACAGCUAUAUUUUGAGGAAUUAUCAAAACAAUCUACAGAGCUAAGAAUUAAAAUACUUAUUGGUUUGACAAUACAAAGGGCUUAUUUAAAAGAGACUCAUAGAAUUUUAUUAUAUGAUAUUAUAUGUAAUGAAAUUGAUACUGGUUGCGAGGAAAUAAGAAACAUUUGUCAAGCAUGCUUGGCAGCAUUUGCUAAUUUAUAUCCGAAUGAAGUAUUAUUGCUGGUCCAGGAAAAACUUCAAAUUGAUAAAGACGAUAUAGAUGUAAAAGUUAAAAUUCGUAGAUUACAAGCAUUAUCUAUAAUUGCAAAAAUUCCUAAAUUAGCCAAUGAAAUAUUACCAAAAGUUCUUGGUAUAGGAAAUUCUCCUAAUUCAGAGAUAAGUCUCGCUGCAUUAAAGUGUAUCCAUAAACUCGUUUCAAUUAGAAACAGUACUUCUGAUGUUCAAUAUUUUUUGUAUAAUGAAUGUAACAUCAUUGAUAAAUUAAUUUCGUUUACAACAAAUACUUCUACUGAUAAAUUAUCCCUUAUAUCAAGCAUUUGUCAAUGCAUUGUAAGAGGUCUUUCUGUAGAGGAUCAACAAAUGAUUACAGAUAAAUAUAUUGCUAUUAUAACACAUAACACUUGCGAAAAUGUCGUAACUGUGAUAAUCAGUUUACUUAUUUCUUUAAGACAAGAAGUUAAAUUAAUACUUGAUGAUAGUCUAUUAGAAAGUUUAUAUAACUUAGCUGUCAAUAGUUCUAAUUCUAUUACUAGAACAAUGUCUUGUCAACUACUUUCUGUGGUACUAAACAAAAUGAAUAACGCAGAACAUUUUAAAAAUAGUUUGAUAUAUCUUCAAGAAAAAAUAAAGAAAAAUUUGGAAUCAACUUCUAAUGUAGAUAUAAAAAAGAAAACUGUUAUUUUACAUAUUUGGUUAACAAAAGCAGCAGUUACAAAAGGAAGUUAUAACUCUCAAGAUUGUCUCAAUAUUCUUACAGAAAUGCUUAAACAUAAUGAAGUAGGUGAAUAUGUAGCUCAAGAAUAUAAAAGUUUAACGUGUAAAAUGGAUAAUACUUUAACAUCUGAAAAUUUUUGUAAUAUAAAAAUUUUUUAUAAACAAAGAGUAUUUCAGCAUUUAUUACAGCAAAAUAAUAGUUUUUUAAAUAAUUCAAGACAAAAUUUUUUAAUUGCUUUAACUUAUUUAAUAGAAGAAAUGCCUACUGAACUAUUAUACAUGCAUUUAUCAGAAUUAGUUUUUCUUCUAAUUGAGUCUCUAUCUUUGGACAAUGGACAAUUGGUUCUUUCUGCCUUAAUAGUUUUAAAACUUUUGUUGGAUACAAAAAAUGAGAUUUUUGCUGAUAAAAUGCAAUGUUUUAUUCCAAAACUUUUGGAAUUAUCAACAUAUAAAUUAAUGGAUAUCAGAAUUACAGCUCUAGACUGUUUAACAAGUUACACGAAUUAUUCUGCUGUAUUGAUCAAUGUAUAUAAACCAAAUGUCUUAGAAAAGCUUAAGAUGGUUCUUGACGAUAAAAAACGUUUAGUAAGGAAAGCUGCUGUAAAAGCCAGAACACGUUGGUUUUUAGUUUGUGCGCCCGGUGGAAUCAAAGAACAAUGAACUAGUGUGGCUAAAACAGGUGCAUACAAAUAUGAUGAUGGGACAAAAUAUAUUGGAGAUUGGAAUAAUAGAGGAUUGAAACAUGGUGCUGGUUCUUUACUUCUUCCUGAUGGUACACGAUACGACGGUGCCUUCCAAAAUGGCCUUUGUUCUGGUUUAGGGAUAAUUAUAUUUCCCGAUGGAGCAAA